GCGACGACAUAAGCACUGAUGAACUAUUCAGCAACCUGCAACUUAGAGGCCGUGCAUGCACCGGCAUACCAGUAGUUCGGACUCAUUUCAGGUAUGAGCAGACGGGAUGCCGGGGGUCGAGGCAGCGUUGCCCACCGCCCGACCACAAAAACCCCAUCGCGCGAUUCAGAUGCCAAUACUACAUCAACCUGGGCCUGUCAGUGUCGCUAUGCAGGUUGUUCGCAUUAUUACAUAAGUUGAGUAUCAGCGCCAGGCCUGUGCAAACGCCGCGCAACACCUCAAUCGCUGUUUCAACUUGCAGCUCGCGGCCUCAAAUUCACGCGCCCUUCCAACCAACCGCAAAUGCGAUCCCUUGCUCUUAAGCGGCCCUGCAUCGGGCGCAGCGCCGCGGCUGCACGUGGGCGUGUGGCGCGGGCUGUUCGCAUCCAGGCGGUCCACGCCACCUCCCCCAGCAGCUCACCCCAGCGGCCGCUGGAUGUGGUGGUUGUGGGCGCGGGCAUCGGCGGCUUGGUGACCGCCUCAGCGCUGCUGGAGGCAGGGGCCAGGGUGCGUGUGUACGAGGCUCGCUCGCUGGAGCAGGCGCUGGACGGGCCCGGCGGCAUCCAGGUGCAGGCCAACGGCGAGAAGGUCAUGCGCCUGCUGGCCUCGCCCUGGCCCACACCCACCGCCCCCUCCUCCGCCGCCUGCAGCCCCCCCAGCAGCCUGUCGGACGCGCUGUACGCGGUGGGGGGCCCGGUCAUGUCGGGCGGCUUCCGCAGCGACCGCGGCGACUACCUGUACUACGCCGCGGUGGACUCCACGGGCCUGAAGGACGUCCGCUCCAACGGUCUGGGCAUCUCGCGCCGCAGCCUGCAGAACAUCCUGCACGCCGCGCUGCCCGCCGGCACCGUACACUUCGGCCGCCCGCUGCGGCGCUUCCAGGCGCCGCCGGCGGGGCAGGCGGGCGCAGUCAAGCUUGAGUUUGAGGACGGGGCGGUGGAGAGCUGCGACGUGCUCAUUGGCGUCGACGGCAUCCGCUCCAAGAUCCGGGCGCAGGUGCGCCAGGAGGCGGCCGCCGCCGCCGCCGCCACCGCGGGCGAUGCUGCUACUGCCGCUGCUGCUGCUGCUGCCGCCGCGCCUGAGAAGCUGCGCUACAGCGGCACGGUGUGUUGGCGCGGCCGCCUGCCCAUGAGCCGCGUGGGCGGGGGCGCGGAAUGGCUGGCCAAGCAAGUGAACGGCGACACGUGGGCCGAGUACUGGGGCGCGGGCAUUCGCUUCGGCUUCUUCAACGUGGGCAGCGAGGUGGCUCGGGACACCUUCGCACCGGGCGGCCUGCGUUUGGAGGGCGAGCCCCAGAUCGCCUGGUAUGCGUUUGACAACCGGCCUGAGGACUGGGCUCCGGAGCCGGGUGCGGACGAGGUGGCCCGCCUGGCGGACAUGUUCAAGGACUUCGCCGCGCCGGUGCCCCAGAUCAUCGCGGCACUGGAGCCGUCCGCGGUGUCGUACGGCCGCAUCUACGACCAGCUGCCCCGCGCGGCGCCGUGGGCGUCGGGGCGGGUGACGCUGCUGGGAGACGCCGCACACGCCAUGCUGCCCACCCUGGGCCAGGGUGGCUGCAUGGCCAUUGAGGACAGUCUGGAGUUGGUGAAUGAGCUUAUGGCGGCGGCGGCGGCUGUGGGCGGGGGCGAGGGCGAGGGCGGCGUGCAGACGGACGCGGCGGCGGCGGCGGCGCUGGAGGCGGCGCUGCGCCGGUACGAGGCCUCCCGCGCGCCCCGGACCGGCCGUGUGGCGGAGCAGUCCUCCCAGGUGGCGGAGUUGGCCAUGGCCGACAAGCCUUUCACCGUGUGGCUGCGCAACACCAUCUACCGCCUCACGCCCAAGUGGGCAGGAGACAAACAGUUCGAGUACCUGUUCCAGGACUACGUGCCAGCCUGGAAGGAAGGCGUGCGGCAGGGUCGGCAGUUCGGGGCCGCCAGCUCCUCCGCGCCUGCGGCACAGAAGGUGGGCGCGGCCUGAGCGCGCUCUGCAGGGCAGGGCCGCAGGGGCCUCGAGCGAGCAACGUAGUCGCCCUGCUGCUGCGGGCGGGGCGGGGGCAGGUCGCCUGGCGGCAGGAGCGCGGGGCGGGUCGCCAGGCUGCUGCUGCGGGCGUGUCACGGAGGCGUGCGUGCCCAUACCACUGAGGGUCUUGAGCCGAGAGCAAGCUGCCGGGGGCCUCCGGCCUGUGCUAUGGUCCUUGUGGCAUAUCUUGGGACUGGGGCGUCCUGAUGGGUUGCUGCAUAGACGACGCGCAUUGCGUGCAGCACGACGGCGGUGGGUCUGUGGACAAGGUUUUCGUCUUUUGCACUGCAUUUAGGUAAAGAUACGCUCGAGCCGUUUCGCAGCCCAUUCAUUUGGCGGGCGUAUUGUGAGGCAGCGGGCGAAGGGAUUAUUUUUGAGCAGCCUCGGUGGGGCUGUGACGCUGUGUAGUGGAGCGCGGCAAUGAGCGGGUUGAGCUUGGGUAUGAGCCUGUAUGAGCGAGUGUCUAGUGCAACGCAUUCCAUUUGAACACACGGUAGCUCGCAUGCGAACUGAAAGUAGAGCAAGGCAACCAGGCGAACAUGAGCGCUUUGGGACGCAAGCCGCUGGUCCAUUGGGAUGCAUGGGAUGCACAUGGGGUUGCAAAGUAGAGCAAGGCAACCAGGCGACAUAAGCUGAUAAGCGCUUUGGGACCCAAGCCGCUGAUCCAAUGAGGUGCAUGGGAUAGAUAGUGGUGGGGCAGAUGUAUGGCUGCCU